AUGCUCGAGAUGCUUGAGUAUAGUCAUUACCAGGUGCAAAGUCACUUGGAGAACCCCACUAAGUACCACAUCCAGCAGGCCCAGAGGCAGCAGGUUAAGCAAUACCUCUCCAGCACUUUGGGAGCCAAACUGGGUGGCCCAGCCGGCAGUGUGUCCUGCCCCAACCAGCCUCCGGAACACAGCAUGCCCCCUGGCCCAGUCACCAGUGCCCCCAACAGCCCUAUGGCCCUGCUCACCCUCAGCUCCAACUGCGAGAAGGAGAUGGAUGAUGUAAUUGAAGACAUAAUUAGCUUGGAAUCAAGUUACAGCGAUGAUAUUCUUGGACUUAUGGAUGCAGGACUUCAAAUGACCAAUUCGAUUCCUGUCUCUGCAAACCUCCUGGACAUGUACAAUAACCACACACUCCCUCCACCUGGAGUCGCUAUGGGCAACCCCUGUCCCUCCAGCCUGCCCAGUGUCAAAAGGGAAUAUUCAGUUACCCCACCUCCUGCCAUGAUGCACGUUAUGGACAAGCCAGGACCAUGUGGCAAAUCUGAAAAUUAUCAAAGACAGGAAGGCUGUCCAGUAGAGGCUGAGGUCAGAGCUCUAGCAAAGGAGAGACAAAAGAAGGACAAUCACAACUUGAUUGAACGAAGAAGACGGUUUAACAUCAACGAUCGCAUCAAAGAGCUCGGUACUUUAAUUCCCAAGUCAAACGACCCGGACAUGAGGUGGAAUAAGGGGACGAUUCUGAAAGCCUCUGUGGACUACAUCAGAAAACUGCAGAGGGAACAGCAGAGAGCCAAAGAACUAGAGAACAGACAGAAGAGACUGGAGCAUGCUAACCGACAUCUGCUGUUACGCGUACAGGAACUGGAGAUGCAGGCCCGUGCCCAUGGACUAGCAGUGGUAGGAUCUUCCUCUCUCUGUUCGUCAGAGCUGAUGGCCAGGGCUAUCAAACAGGAGCCCCUCAUGGGAGACUGCUCCUCUGAACUGUACUCUCACCAGCACCUGCCUAGCCCUGACCUCUCCCGGCCCACCACCCUGGACCUUAACGAUGGCACCAUCAGCUACAACGACAGCCCCUCAGAGGCAGGAGACCCAGGGGUUUACGGUAGUCCCUCCAAAACCUCCUCCACCAAGCUAGAGGACAUGCUCAUGGAAAACACCUUGUCGCAGGUAGCAAGCGGCGACCCCAUGCUCUCCUCUGUCUCCCCCGGUGCCUCCAACACCAGUAGCCGCCGAAGCAGCACCAGCAUGGAUGAGAACGAGAAAGGCUGUUAG